CGCUGAGGGCGCGCGCCGUGUUGCAGCGUAGGGAGCGUCGGCAGGGGCGGCAGGAGGGCGCGAUGGCAGCGGCGGCCGAGGAGGGCGCCGUGGACCUGGAGGAGCUGCGCAGCGUGCAUGUGCACCUACCCGCGCGCGCGCCGGAGGACGCGGGGGCCUGCGCGCUGGGGGCGCUGGGGGCGGCGGCCGGCUACCCCAUCGGCGUCCACUACUCGCGGGCGCCCGCCCCCGCGCAUCCCUACGCCCAUCCCUACGCCCACGCCGGCGCUGCGGCUGCAGGGAGCCUCAACAACGGCGCCAUGUUCAGCUCAGGGAGCAGUGCAACUCCUCUAACAGCCAAUGGAGGUCUUCUAGUGAAGAAAGUACCAAAUACAAAGGAUGUAUCCGAUACCAACCACAAACGGCCUAUGGUAUUAAGCCACUUACCUAGUCGGCCACCAGUAGACAUACAAUUCUCAGAUUUAUCUUAUUCCGUGCCAGAAGGACAUAAAAAAGGGUUCAACACUAUUUUGAAAGGCGUUAAUGGCAAGUUUCGAUGCGGAGAGCUCACAGCUAUCAUGGGGCCUUCAGGAGCAGGCAAGAGCACCCUCAUGAAUAGUCUUGCUGGAUACAAAACUUCUCAUUUAUCCGGCUCUGUUCGCAUCAAUGGCAAGGAACGCCAGUUGCGACGUUUCCGGAAAAUGUCUUGCUAUAUCAUGCAAAAUGAUCAACUAUUACCACACUUGACUGUAAAAGAAGCAAUGAAUAUCUCAGCAAAUUUAAAGUUGGGAAAAGAUGUGUCUCAAGCAGCAAAGAAAAUUGUUGUGGAAGAAAUAAUAGAGAUGCUGGGACUAGCGGAGUGUAAGGAUACCAAAACAUCCAACCUUUCUGGGGGUCAACGAAAAAGACUUUCUAUUGCAUUGGAACUUGUUAACAAUCCGCCAGUAAUGUUUUUUGAUGAGCCUACAAGUGGACUGGAUAGUGCCUCCUGUUUUCAAUGCCUCUCUUUACUCAAAUCACUGGCCAGAGGUGGUCGCACCAUCAUAUGUACCAUUCAUCAACCAAGUGCUCGACUGUUUGAAAUGUUUGACCAUCUUUAUAUUUUGACGGAAGGACAAUGUAUUUAUCAAGGAAGCGUUCAGGGCCUUGUUCCAUUCCUAUCAUCAUUAGGCUUCCAGUGCCCUAGCUACCACAAUCCUGCUGAUUAUGUAAUGGAAGUUGCAUGUGGAGAGCAUGGAGAGUGCAUACAUAAAUUGGUUAUGGCAGUAAAUAAUUCAAAGAGUAACAAUUUAAAUCAAAAGCAACUUCUAGCACCAAACACUCAUACCAUGUGUGUUUCUAAUGAAAUUCCAAAAGAACGUAGUGAAAGCUUACAGCACCCCAAUGGAAUGGCUAAGACCGGAAAUACAGGAGCUAUUUCAAAAUACAGUGUAACUUGCACAACAUCUUUGUUGGAUUCCGAUGAAAGCCUCACAAUAGGACACAGCACAGGAUUUCCUACAUCUGGUUAUCUUCAGUUUUACAUUUUACUAAAGAGAACCUUUCUCUCAACAUUACGUGACAAGACCUUAACUCUGAUGAGGCUGCUCUCACAUGCGGGAUUGGGCAUACUCAUUGGAAUGAUAUACUUUGGCAUUGGAGAUGAUGCAUCCAAAGUAAUUAGUAACUCUGGAUGCAUUUUUGCUUCUGUGCUUUUUCUCACAUUUAAUGCCAUGAUGCCUACAAUUCUCACAUUUCCAGUUGAGAUGGGAGUUUUUAUGAAAGAACAUUUAAAUUAUUGGUACUCGCUGAAGUCAUUUUAUUUCGCAAAAACAAUGGCAGAUUUGCCUCUCCAGUCUCUCUGCUCUGUAGUGUAUGUUACUAUAGUAUAUUUUAUGACAAACCAGCCUCAUGAUGCGACAAGGUACAUCAUGGUAUUAAACAUGUGUGUUCUUACAUCACUGGUGGCUCAAAGUUUGGGCCUGCUGGUAGGAGCAGGGAUGAGUAUUGAGAAUGGCAUUUUCUUUGGCCCAGCAUCAUCUGUACCCAUCAUUCUUUUCUCUGGGUUCUUUGUCAACUUCAGUGCUCUUCCAACGUAUAUGCAAUGGUUGCCCUAUAUUAGCUAUGUUCGGUAUGGCUUUGAAGGGACCAUGAUAUCCAUUUAUGGACAUGGAAGAGGAAAACUUAAAUGCUCAGAAGCAUAUUGUCAUUUCAAGAAUCCUAAGAAGUUCCUUGAGGAAAUGGACAUGGGAAAAUCUGAGUACUGGAUAGAUGCAGCAGCUCUAAUUGGAUUUUUUGUACUCAUACGAUUUGUAACAUACUGGGUAUUUCGUUGGAAGUUGCAUUCUAAGCGCUAACUUUCACUGACAUAUUUUUACAUUUUUCAAAACGUUUAGUACUAUACUAUAGCUUCUCCAAUAUUUUGAAUAAGCUAUAGAAAAAUACAUUAUAUUCUUAUGACACAAAUAUUUAGGUAAAUACCAUAGAGAAUCCUUUAAAGUGUAUCCAUUAUAUGGACAAACUACAAAGAUCAAAAAUUUUUUAGAUACAAAAAUAUAGGUUUAAUAUUUCUGCAAUGUUUUGUCAUCUUUACCUCAUUUAAGACAGAAUAACCUAUAUUUGGUCACUUGAAGCUUCUUGUAACACUUCCCAACAAGUUAUGUCAGUGUUGUGUUCCUUACCAUUUAGGAGCUCAAAGUUUUACUACUCAACAGCACUUCUAAAUAGAAAUAUACUAAUUUCCAAAUAAGUUUGUUAAAAAAAUAAAAUUAUUAUAAAUCAUUAAUUGAAAUGAGUGUAGUGCUUUUAAUACACUACUUCCAUUUAUUUAAUAACAGUAAAGCAAAUAUUUGGAUAUUGAUGUUGACAUGAUCAUUGUUAAUUAAUUUUAUUAAUUUCAUUUUUUUCUUUACCUGUUACGACAAUAAGCAACACAUGGCACAAGGUUAUGAAAACAGAAAGUUUUUUAUCACAUUCUAUCAUGAUGUAUAUGAGGUGCAUGUGCAAAAGUAAAGUAUGAGAGAAUGUAAAUGUUAAAUCUUGGUCUCUGAAAUUCACAUUUCAUAAUAUGCUUAUAAAUUUGUCACAUUUUCCUAAUAAAAGCUUCAAUGAUAUAUGAAUUCAAAUGUCCAUUAAUUCAGUGCAGAGAAUUUAAAAUCAAAGUCAACAAUCAGUUUUUGCACACUCGCCAAAUGUUUUCUUUACAUUACCAGGGAUUUUAAAAAGAAAGACAAAAUUGUCAACAAAAAAAAAAUUAACUAUGAUUUUCAUUCAUGAAACAAGAUUGAGUAUUGUUGAACUUCGUCUCUGUAUGGUUAUCUUAGUCACUAAAUAAUUCAUUCUAUAAUGUUCAAAGACGUGUAAAAAUAAUUGUGUAUCUUAAUACUUUGACACAACCAGUUAACCAUCGAAAAUAACUGCCCUAAAUUACACUUAGAGAAGAUAAGGGCAAUGUGAAUAAUAUUAUUAUUUAAAAUUCUCCACAAAGGAAACAUUUGGAGUUCAUACUCUUCUGAUUGAAGUGAAUAUGUAAUGUAUGACUUAACAUUUAAUGAUGGUCACCGACAUUUUCAACUGUUCUCAUUUAACAUUUGUACAUUAAAUAUAAGAUGAGAACAUUCUUCAUAAAAUAUUCUUUAAGAAGCUUCGUGAUCUGUAAAUGCAUAUUGAUUUACAUGAAGAAAGUAGACAAUGACAUUCCAACAUUUAAUAAAAUGAUUUCUUCCUGAAUUAUUACAGAACCAUUAAUCCUGAAAUAAGACUAAACACUUGUUAAUUCAUGAUUUAGUUUUUUAAGAAAUAUUUUCUAUGCAAUUGAAAAUAAACAUAAUUGGCAAUUUACAUUUACUUAAAAAAGUAGUUUAGUAACCUAUUCCUUAAUUAUUCCUGCAAAACAUCAUCAAAAAAUUUAACAAAAUGGCAAUUUCAGACAAAGAAUUCAGUACAAAUGGUUACAAUUCACAGAACUAGAGGUACCUGUACAUUUGCAAUUUUGUUCAUUAUAUCAAUCAAAUAAUUUAUUUUUUAAUAUAAAAUUGUCUAAAAGGGAUUUUUAUAAUUUCUUAUGUGCCAUGUAUACUCUACUAUCAGUCAUGAAUGUUAGGUCCAGUUCAUAUAUUAUUACCAAAUUAUGACUGUUAGGACCUACCAUUUUUGGCAAAUAUGGAUAAUAUGCAUGAUUAAUAAUGAUUUAUAUUUGAAACACAUUAAAUUAUCAAAAAACAUAACAAUAUUGGUGGCUCUAUGUACCUGUUAUUUGAUUCCUUCUAGCAAAAUAUUGCAACAGAUAAAAUGAAUCAUGAAGCCAAUUAAUAUUAUCACAAUAUUUUUGUAUUUAAUUUAAUGAAUGUUCAAACUUGUAUUCAGGUUAUCAAUCCAAGAAUGCCGCUUACUUUUACCAAGAUUGUAACUAGGUACAAAAUGUCCAUGAUUUUGAAAGCUUUCAAUGAGAUGUUACAGAAAAAAUGUGCAUUAAAUAAUUACAAAGCUAUUUCCACAGUAUUUUGAAAUAUCACGCGACACUUAGUCUUAGUUACACAAAGAUUUUUCUCUAAUCUAAUUUAAAUAGAGUUUACUGUUAAUUUGCUCUACAUAAUAAUUAAUUGCUCUUAUUAAUAAGACAUAUGAAUUGUACUUGAUAAAUAAUGUAACUUAUGAGUAUGAUUUUCUCUCUGCAACAUUGGAAAAACAUUGUAAUUAAAACGAUCAUAAGAUUCAUAGAGGCAAGAUAAGAUAGGACAGAAUUCAACUAUAAGUAUUCAUUCCAAGAUUUAUACAGUGAAUCAUGAGAACUGAAUAAAAGGUGAAUAUUUAACACGCCAACACACCAAACAGGAACUAAAAACCAAU